AGCGAGUUUUCGCCCACUCUUUGAACCGUCUCGCAUUUAUUCCAUACCAUAGUGUAUGCUGUGCUCACGUACACCCCUUGAAAAUGACUGAUCCGAUCAAGGUUCUGGCUAUUGAAUCAUGGACGCUGUACGCGGUGGGUAUCGUACUGAUCGCCCUGCGAAUGGCUUCUCGUCGGAUGGCGCUUGGCGCCUUUUCCAAAUUUCAAGCCGAUGAUUGGAUCAUGGCUUUCAUUGUUAUCACAUACACUGGCGAUGUCAUAUCCGUGAACCAAGUGAUGGAGAAUGGAAGCAACUACCUACCUCCUGGAGUGGCCGAGACGUUAUCUCCACAAGGCGUCAAAAACGCCAUAUGGGGUAGCAAGAUGACUCUCGCGCUGGAGGAGUUCCAAUUGUCGACGACAUGGCUGGUCAAAGCAUGCUUGUUGUUGAUGUACAGUCGGUUAACAAACGGUCUUCCCAGAGAACACCUCAUCGUGAAGUGGGUUGCCGCCUACUGCGUCUUCGGGUUCGUUCUCGUAGAGAUAUUGUACCUUGGGGUCUGGUGCCAUCCUAUCAAGGAGUACUGGAGAGUUCCUGUCAAGUACCCACAAUGUGCCACUUACUAUAACCACCUGAUAACUUCCACCGUAUUCAACGUCUCCUCGGACCUGAUUAUGCUCUGUAUCCCUAUUCCUCUGAUCGCAAAGACACAAUUGCCACUAAAACGGAAGAUCAUUCUUUACAGCGUCUUCAGCCUCGGGCUCUUUGUUGUCCUAACCGCAAUCCUCAACCGCUACUACAACUUCACCCAGCCAUACUCGCCCAUUUUCCUGAACUGGUACAUUGGCGAAGCUUCCACAGCCGUCUACGUGGCCAACGUUCCGCUCCUUUGGCCCCUCCUCAAAUCUCUCUUCCGCCUCGACACCUGGUCCGGUUCACGCGGCUCUCGCCGUACCCCUGGCGGCAUCUCUGGAUCGAAUACCGGAAAUGGCACCAAGUUGUCCCAGUAUCGGAUGUACAAAGGUAGCAAGCCGCAAGGAAGCUAUCCGCUUGGCAGCCGCGGAGGCAGUAUCAGUGAGAGAGAUAGCGACAUGGGAAUCGAGAGAAGAGACGGGAGCCAAGAGGCAAUUGUGCCAGAUGGCAAGUCGACCACGUUGGAGCUACGUGAUGGGCCACUAGAGCUGGCACCAUACGGGUACCGAACCCGGGUUGGGCAGGGACGGGAGCAAAAUGACGUGGAAAAAGGCGAUAUCGUUCGAACAGUUGAGAUCGAUGUGACGAGUACAAGGUCAUAAAAGUCUACGAAAUUGGCGUCUGCUGGAAAGCGAACCCCGGAGAUUUUGAUUGAAUUACCGGGCACAUGUUGUCAGGUUUUCAUGUGUGGGAGUCUGCGAUUGGAUAUAGACGUCACGGCCAUUAACCGCUUGGUUCAGAAACGCCGCGCCUUCGUUUAGUGUACGAUUUUCUUACUGUUCCGAUACCACGAUUUAGAAGCCAAAUGACCCGGUUGUAUGUUUAGAGAAUUCAAAGAAUAACUCAAAGACCGC